GAGAGGGCGCGGCGAAACUUUUUACGAACUCUCGUGAGCGCGUGAGCCGUCAUGAAAUAGCAUCAGAUAUUAGAUAUCAGUUCGACUUGGUCGGUGGUCUUUGUCGAAGACGAUCGAGAGGAUCGUGUGCAACGCGAAGCAGCAACGGCACCAGGUCUGGAAUAAGCGCGCGAGCGUGUAUCCGCAUGAUCGUCGCUUGGACUUGGCGUUUUGUCGCAGACUCGCCAGUUACAUCGGUGAGAGAUUCGCGGUCGUCUGCAUCGUGGUACCGGUGUCGCAUCGUGACCGUGUCCAAGCGCGAAUAAUAAUUCCCGGUCGAAGGAAUUAUGACCGCCACGAGUGGCGUGGCUGGCAGCAGUCCGCUGCCAAAAUGGCAACUCGCCCUGGUGGUCGGGGCGCCGGUCGCCCUCGGCCUCGGCUACAUGUAUUACAAGAACAAGAAUAAUAGCAGCGGCAGCAGCGAUAGGAUCACCAAAUCGGAACGUGAUAAGUUCAGGAGCGGCGCGACGUCGUCCAAGGAGAAUGGGGCGCCUGCCGACAAGCAGAUCUCCAUCGACGGCGACUGUCCACCAAAAGUGCCUUCCCCCGAGGCUGAGUCGGAGACUCCUUUACAAAAGGCACAAAGAUACAAGAAUGAAGGGAAUGUACAAUUCAAAAUGGGAAAAUAUGAUGAAGCCAUAUCACGAUAUAAUGAAGCCAUUGACAUUUGUCCAGACGAGAAUAAAGAGGACCUCGCAACUUUUUACCAAAAUAGGGCAGCUGCAUAUGAACAAUUGAAAAAUUAUAUUGCUGUAAAGAAAGAUUGUACAAAAGCAUUGGAAUUAAAUCCAAAAUAUGCAAAAGCUUUGUUACGCCGAGCACGUGCUUUGGAACAGAUAGGAGAUUUGGAAGCUGCCUUGGAAGAUGUCACUGCCGCAUGUAUUCAUGAAGGCUUUUCUAAUCAAACUUCCCUUUCAAUGGCAGAUAAAGUCUUGGGAAAGCUUGGAAAGCAACAUGCUCAGGAAAAUUUAGCAAAAAAAAAAUUCAUAAUGCCAAGCAAACAUUUCAUCAAAACUUACAUUAUAUCUUUUCCUAAUGAUCCAGUAUUUACUAAACUUCAACAUCUAGAAGAUAUCCCAAAAUUUUUCAAAAAACCAUUACAAGCAUUAAAAGACGAAGAGUAUGACGAUAUAAUACCGUUGUGCACAGAAAUUAUAAAGAGUUCUGAAUUUAACGAGUUACCUGCGUCUAAAAUGGAAGUAUUACUUUUCCGAGCUACAUUUCAUCUUCUCUUGGGCGAGCACGAUGCUGCGAUUCAAGAUUUCGAGAGUAUAUUAAAUAGCGAAGAAACGUCCAAAGACGUGAAAGUAAACGCCCUAAUAAAGAGGGCGACUUUACAUAUGCAACUUGACAAUCCAUUCAUGACUUUCAAGGACUUUGAAUUAGCUAUUAGUAUGGAUCCAAAUUAUGGUGAUAUUUAUCAUCAUAGAGGACAGGUGAAUUUACUCAUGAAUAGAAUAGAUGAAGCUAAAAGCGAUUAUGAAAAGGCAAUUCAUUAUAACCCAGAUUUUGGUGUUGCAUAUGUGCAAAAAUGUUACACAGAUUAUCGUUUCGCAAUCUUCAACAGAGAUGUGACACUAGCCGAAGAGGCAAUGAAAGAUUUUGAAAAAGCUUUCAUAAAAUUCCCGGAUCGUUCUGAAUGCUACAUGUUGUAUGCUCAGAUGAUGGCUGAAACUCAACAAUACAAUAAAGCGGAUAUGUAUUUUGCUAAAGCUAUAGAGAUAGAUCCAAAGAAUGCAACUGUCUAUGUGCAUAGAGGCUUGUUACAAUUACAAUGGAAUGGUAAUAUUGAUAAAGCUGUGGAAUAUUUUCACAAAGCAUUAGAGACGGAUGAGAAAUGUGAGCAUGCAUAUGAAUCAUUAGGAAGUAUCGAAGUGCAAAGAGGGAACAUAGAGGAAGCAAUAAGAUUAUUUGAUAAAGCUUUGGAGUUGUGUCGUACAUCCAUGGAACUCACACACAUAUACAGUCUGAGAGAUGCUGCAAAAACACAACUUAAUUUACAGAAUAGAUUGGGUAUGGACAUCAUUCGGACGCCUUCCCGAUUUAUCCCGAAUCCUAUGUCUUAAAUUAUCGAAAAAUUAAAAUAAUAAAAAAGUAUGCACUGUUACCAAAUCUAAAGGAUCAAAUUUUGUAUUAACGUGUAUCCAUCUUCAUCACACAGGAUAUCAGAAAAAUUGAUUAGGAAUAUACAAGUAGUUUAUUCCAUAUUAUUUUAUAUCAAAAGACCGUGUGAAGCUUAUAUAAUGGUACUUUAUUUUUAAUUGCAUUUAAUUUCUGAUUUGCACAAAAAAGGUUAGUGAUAUAAAAAA